UUCUUAGAAAUGACGCGUGGAAAAAUCCCUUCUACGCUCAACAGAAAUGACUGAAACGUUACAAAACAACCGCGCUCCGUGUUUUUUGACGCUACUUCCUGAGACUAGAUAGGAAUAGAUAAAUGUUUGGAGUGGAGCCUUGUGGACUCCAGGAUAUCGCUACUCUCCGCCUCUCUGCCCUACAUCUGACUCCUUUUGCGCGUCUGCAGUUUGCGCAGCAGUCCGCGCUCUGUCGCUCGCCCGCCGCGUCAAGAGCCGCUGCGCUGCGCUCGGAAAUGUAGUUGUUUCGCGCACAAAGGAGGGCUCCGGAACAUGGACCUAAAGUCCGAACUCCUCAAGUCCAUAUGGUACGCCUUCACUUCGCUGGACGUGGAGAAGUGCGGGAAGGUCUCCAAAUCGCAGUUAAAGGUGCUGUCUCACAACCUGUACACAGUGCUGAAGAUCCCACAUGACCCCGUGGCGCUGGAGGAGCACUUCCAGGACGAUGACGACGGCCCCGUGUCCAAUCACGGCUACAUGCCCUACCUCAACAAGUAUAUACUGGACAAGGUCAAAGAGGGGACGUACGACAAGGAGAGGUUUGACGACCUGUGCUGGAUGAUGACCAUGAAGAAGAACUACAAGGCGGUACCAGGGGCGGCGCUGCUCUCAGAGAGAGACUGCUUCAAGCUCUUCUGCUUGUUCAACCUCCUGUCUGAGGACCGCUACCCGCUGGUGAUGAUUCCAGAGGAGGUGGAGUAUCUCAUCAAGAAGAUCUCCGCUGCGAUGAGUCAGGAGUGGGAUGGGAAGCCCUUGGAGGAUUUAAUAUCCCAGGAUGCCGCGGUGCAGGAAGAGGGCAUGUCUGUGUGGUGCUUCUUGGAGCACAUGGGCGCCGGGCGGCUGCUGAGGGUCACCAGCGCCGAGGCCUUCAGCCUGGCGCUGGACGACGUUUUCCUGGAGAUGUACCACAACGUCCUGAAGAGGGGUUACAUGUGGAAAAAGGGCCACGUGCGCAGGAACUGGACGGAGCGCUGGUUCGUGCUGAAGCCCUCCUCCCUGGCGUACUACGUCAGCGAGGACCUGAAGGACAAGCGAGGGGACGUCCAGCUGGACCGGAGCUGCGUGGUGGAGCCGCUUCCGGACAGGGAGGGGAAGCGCUGCAUGUUCUGUGUGAAGACCCACAGCAAAACCUAUGAGAUGAGCGCGUCUGACCAGAGGCAGAAGGUUGAGUGGACGCAAGCCAUUCAGACAGCCCUCCGUCUCCAGAGUGAGGGCAAGUCCUCCUUUCACCACGAACUCAAACUAAAGAGGCGAGUCCAGCGCCAGAGCAGCCAACGGGAACGCAGCCGGAGCUCCCGCAGCAGCUGCAGCAGCCGGAGCAGCCAGUCGGACGACUCCAAUGUCCCCAAGAUGGAGAAGACAGAGAAAGAAAAGGACCGACAGGAUUUAGAGAUUGAAAGCAUCAUUCAGCAUGCGCGGGAGUUGGAAAUCAGACGACGAGAGGCAGAGGAGAGAGAAAGGAGGAGACAGAGGGAGGUGCAGAUAGAGCUGGAGAGACAGCUCAAAGAGGCCGAGAUGCUGAGGGACAGCAUGCAGGCGGAGAUGCAGGAGAAGGAACGGAAAGCGGAGCAGCAGAAGAAGAGGAUUCAGGAGCUGGAGCUGACACAGCGGAAACUGGAGGCCGCGCUCAACAUGGAGAUCCAGGCUCGGCUGGAGGAGGAGAGGGCCAGACAGGAGCUGGAGAGGCUGCUGCAGGCUGAAGAGGAGAAGAGGAAGCAGUUCCAGCUCCUGCAGGAGCAGCAGAAGGCCAUGCAGGGCCGGGGCCCCGCGCGCGACACCGACGACGGCGGCACAGGCGAGGGCGCCCCCUCGGCCCUCGACUCGGCCUCGCAGGAGCUCCAGCAUCUGCAGGCCUCUCGCCAGAGGAGCCACCAGCGCUUGGAGGAGGUCCAGGAGAAGCUCAGGAACGCCAGUCAACACGUGCGGCACUGGAACGUGCAGCUGAACCGCCUGAUGACGCCCAUCACCCCUGGAGGCCGUAUGCAGAGUCACCUAUCAUCAAGGCAAAUGUGCCCCAAGAAGGAGGUAGCGCUGGCGAGCAACGAGUUCGUCUCUAAAUUCAAGGGCCGAGCGGAUCGGAGCAGCCCAAAGCCGGACGACGACGACGUGCAGCUGGAGGAGCAGCUGGAGUGGAUGGAGCCCGCGAACCUGUCGGACGGAUCCGACGACUCACAGGAAAAACCCAACGGACAAAUGUGAUCACUGUGGAUGAAUGAGGGAACCAGCUGUCAAAUGCAUGAAGAGAGUGGGAGCAGAAAGGAUAAUUUCAAUGAGGUGUAAUAUAUUUAUAUUUUCACACUAAAUCAGAAGCACAAUGUGAUGCAGAAUUCAAUAAAGUAACAUUUCAAUACAA